AUGAUAUCUGAUUCGUUUUCAACUGAUCUCUCGUCUCUUCUUAAAACAUCUGCAUUUGUCGAACCCAGUGGAACCACUAAAAUUUUUAAAGAUGAGUGUCUUUAUUGCUACAAUAAUCCUCAAUCACAUGACGGAUUAUUCAUCAGCUUCGCAGAUUACCACAGCGUAUGUCGCAAGCAUUUGAGUUCCUACGUCGAAAAAACGAACAACAAGCUUUUUCUUCAACUUGAAACGAAAAAGAUUGCACGAGAGCAAAACUCUCAUACGGGUGAGCCGAGCAAUAAAAUAUCGAAAUUAACUAUCCAAGAUGAGCCAUUUUUUGAUUUCGACGACGCCUAUCACAUAAUAAUCUAUCCCGAUUUGGAAACACGCCAAUCGGUGUGCGACGAGCUCGAUGAGAAAGUGCGGGCGGUGGCAAAGCACAUCGCCAGCUGCACGAGUGCCGAACGGUUGACAACGUUGAGUUCGAGUAACAAUGCAUGGGACGCUGAUAUCAAGCUGAUAACAAAGCAUGCAAAUCUCGAACAACUUCCGAAUGGGAAGAAGCUUGAACACAGCGGCUGGAUGUGCGAGGAGGAGGGCUGCGGGCUAACAGAAAAUCUUUGGCUUUGUUUGACGGACGGUGCGGUUCGCUGCGGAAGAUCUCAAUUCAUUUCGGAAGGUCAAAAGUCGGCGGGAAACGGCCACAUGAAGGAAUAUUGCCAGCGGACCGGAUAUCCAUUGGUCGUGAAAUUGGGAACUAUUUGUGCCCAACUUGACGCCGCCGAUGUUUACAGCUACGACGAGGACGAUGCUGUCAUCGAUCCAAAUCUUGAUAAGCAUUUGGCGCAUUUCGGUCUGGAUUGCACAAAAAUGCAGAAAACCGCCAAGAGCACAAUGGAAUUGGAGCUCGACAUGAACGAGAAGUGGGAAUACCAAAAAUGUCAGGAGGAUGGCGUCUCGUUGACCCCGAUAUAUGGACCUGGAUACACGGGACUAAUUAAUACUGGUAGCAGCUGCUACAUGAAUUCGGUUCUUCAAACUCUAUUGCAAGUCGAUUCCUUUAAUGAUCGCUUUUCAACGAAAGCGGAUUCUAUUUUCAAAAAUACUGCCAUUGAAAACGUGCACACUGAUUUUAAUUGCCAAAUGGCGAAAGUGUUCUCAUCAAUGAUGAGCGGCGAUUACUCCCAAGAGGAUGAGAAUUCGCAAAGAGGCAUCAAACCGCUUCAAUUCAAGCGUGUUGCUGCUGGAAAUCAUCCGGAGUUUUCGACAGCGAAACAACAGGACGUUGAGGAAUACAUCAGAUUUUUAAUCGAGCGCAUUUCCAAUAUGAAUCCUGAAGACGUUGAGGAUCCAACUAACAAAUUGAGAUUCGAAAUGUGGAAUCGUUUCGAGGAUUUGGCGUCACACAAUGUGAGGUAUACUCAUAAUGAAGAAUUGAUUCUUCGCUUGCAAAUUCCUCAAAAUAUUUUGGAAGUACUCGCCAAUAAAACCGAAUUUUCUGCCGAGAGCCGAGUGUCAAUUGACAUGAAAAUGUCGCUUGGUGCAGCUUUUGGCGCCCAAUUUGUUGAGGGAUAUAAAUCGCCUAUUACCGGUGAAGCGAAAGGUGCCACAAAUAAAAUACAAUUCAAGUCUUUCCCGGAUUAUUUGUUUGUUCAAGUCCAGAAAUUCGCUUACUCAAGUAAUGGACAAAUGAAAAAACUAGAUAUUGAUUUUGAUGUUUUGGAAGAGCUUGAUCUCACUGCGUACAGAGGCAGUGGAAAAGCCGCUGAUGAGGAAUGCUUGCCGGAAGACGUGCCUACCGAAGCGGCUUUCGUUAUGCCGGAAAAUUUGAAGGCGGUUGCCGAGCAAUUGAUGGCUAUGGGAUUUGGUAAAGAUGCUUGCUAUCGAGCGUCGUUUGAAGCUAAUGGAAAUCUGGAGACAGCCUCCAACUGGCUCAUGGAGCAUCUCGAUGAUCCGCACCUUAACGACGAGUUCACUGGACCGAAAAAAGGGGCGGCUGUCAAUGAAGCUGACGAGGCGACCGUAGCAAUGAUAGUAGAACUUGGUUUUACUAGUCAUCAAGCGAAAUUUGCGUUGAAUCGUCAUCCUGAUCCAACGCAAGCAAUCGACUGGCUGUUCAAUCAUAUUGAGGACGUGCCGCCAGAGGUUGUUGAAGGUCCGAAAAAUGUCGAAAAGAAGAAUGGGCGCGUCUACGUCGAUGGUCCGGGAAACUAUAAAUUGAUUGGAAUGAUUUCGCAUAUGGGAAGUCGUCCUGACUCGGGUCACUACGUUGCGCACAUUCUCAAGGAUGACAAAUGGGUUCUUUUCAACGAUGAAAAAGUUGCACUCUCACAAGAUCCUCCAAAAAAGCUUGCUUAUAUCUAUAUCUACAAAAGAGUUUAA